UCGGAUUUGUAGAAUACAUUUUCUUCGGUGCAGCGCAAGUUAAUAAAAUGCAGGAUAUUGCUGAACGCAUUCUAAAGUACAUUGCCGAUCAUGGGGAAGUGGAUACAUUUGACUUGGCGGCUGUGUUCGGCGAAGAUCACCAGAAAGUCAUAGGCGGUGUAAAAAGUAUCGAGGCAACCGGCGAACUCAUUCGUUCCGAACCCAAUGCACGAAAAUCUUGGAAGCCGACGGCCGAAGGAGAGCACAUCCUGCAACAUGGUAGCCACGAGGCAAACAUUUUUAAUGCCGUCCUUAGCGAAGGAAUCGCGCAAUCGGAACUGAUGAAGAUCGGAAAGAACCCGAAAGCCGGCUUUAGCAAGGCAAUGUCGAACGGUUGGAUUUACAUUGAUAAAAGCAGCGGGACACCACUGGUUCGCCGUAAAGUGGACAAGAUCGACGACGAGGUGCUAACCUGUUUGAAAGCGAUCGUCGAUGGCCGCGAGUCCUCCAUUGCCGAUAGCGUCAAGAACGACUACAAGAAGCGCAAAAUACUUGAAGAAAGCGUCACGAAAAGUUUUCUCCUCUCAAAGGGGCCGGAAUUCGCUACUACGCUACACAAGCUGGAAACCGACCUCACCGUUGAAAUGCUCGCCAGCGGCCUGUGGAAGGAUCUGAAGUUCAAAGCGUACAACUUCGAUGCCCUCGGGGCCGCACCGGGACGCGGACAGCUGCACCCAUUGAUGAAAGUGCGCACCGAGUUCCGGCAGAUCUUCCUCGAGAUGGGCUUUUCCGAAAUGCCAACGAACAACUUUGUGGAGUCGUGCUUCUGGAACUUUGAUGCGCUCUACGUGCCGCAACAGCAUCCCGCACGCGACCAACAGGACACAUUUUUCGUGUCACAUCCGCAGCUAAGCAGUAAGUUUCCGCUUCCGCUGAUUGGGAGUGUUCGAGACUCACACGAAAGCGGAACCGACGGAUCAAUCGGGUAUCGGUACGAGUGGCGCUUAGAUGAGAGUCGGAAGAACGUACUACGAACACAUACUACCGGUGUCAGUGCCCGGAUGCUGUAUAAGGUUGCUAAUCAGCCGGGUGGAUUUCGCCCAGUCAAGUACUUCAGCAUCGAUAAGGUUUUUCGCAAUGAAACUCUCGAUGCAACCCAUCUGGCCGAGUUCCAUCAGGUGGAAGGAGUCGUUGCCGAUUACGGUGUUACACUAGGCGAUUUAAUUGGCACAUUCAAUGCAUUCUUCAACAAGCUUGGCAUCACCGAGCUAGAAUACAAGCCAACCUUUAACCCGUAUACCGAACCAUCGAUGGAAAUAUUCUGCUUCCAUCCGGGUUUGCAGCGUUGGAUCGAAGUCGGUAACUCUGGCAUGUUUCGGCCAGAAAUGUUACGUCCACUCGGCGUGCCGAAAGGGGUGAACGUUAUCGCAUGGGGUUUAUCACUCGAGCGGCCAACGAUGAUCAAGUACGGCAUCAACAAUAUCAGAGAUCUGAUUGGGCCGAAAGUGGAUUUGAAGAUGGUACAAGAUGGCCCGAUUUGUCGAAUGAAUUGCUAAAGAAGAAUGCACAUCGUUUGGAUUCACAAAAAGUCGCAAAAUAAAGACGG